AUUUGUUGUAACGAGAACCCAAGCAGCCCUCUGUUCUAAUGUUGCUGGACGCCAUCAUUUGGUUACCCACACUAUUCACCUACAUUGUGUUCCUGCUCAUACUGAUCAUACUGUUCUUCAUCGUGGCCUAUGUCAGCCAUAAGAUCUAUAUAUCCAUCUAUGAUAAUCUGCCGUUGCCGGCAGCGCCUGGCUCCCGAUCCUCGGUGGCAUUACGUGAACAUUCCCGUGACUUCUCGCGCCUGGAACAUGUUGGCAAUCAGUUGAGCUCGCGCUCCGUGUGGAUACAGAAUCGUUCAACAAUCUUCGAGUCGCCGUUGGUGCGCAUCACGUUGACCCUGGAGCCGUGCUUUCUGAUCAGCGUCGCGCUGGACAUCUACUCGGAUCCGAACCAACGGGCGAUCAGCUGCUUGUGCAAUUGCAGCGACAGCGAGACCAAGUGCACCAUGAUGGACGCCCAGGCCGUGAGCAAUGUCCGUGUGCUCAAGUAUUACGAUGAUCUGGCCAGUGUGCCGCGGCUCAAGGUGCUGUUGCGCUGCAAUGAGCGCAAGAAUAUGCGGCUUGUGCUGGACGAUGUCAUCAAGGAUGUCAUGGAGGCACGCUGCUCGGACAAUGCGUCCGCUUGCCCCACGCCCAGAUAAAGGCGACUAACGAGAGAGUGAGAGUGAGAGAGAGAGAGGGGAAGAGAAACAGACAGUCGGAGCUGCACAGUGGUUCGCAUGUACUUAUAAUUGGGACUUUAUUUUUGUAGAACUCGUUUUCUCUAUAUAUUGUGUGUUGUUGUAAAUGAAAAAAAAUAUUCCAGGCAUGGCUUCUGGUCUUGCCACCCGUUAAACAGGUUCAAUUGUUAACGCAAAGUCCAGAGGCGGCAAUCGUUUUUACAGUGGUUCGAGCCAGCGUCUUGUCUUCGGUGGUUCGAUUCAGCGUCUCGCUUUUUGUGUGCACAAGAAAAUGUGCCCUGCUCUCGUAAUUUUUUUUUAGAAAAUACAUUUUCUAUUAACUGGGAAACAUUAAAAGAAAAAUUCCUGCAUGACAAUCGUACGUUACAUUUUAUAGGCACAAC